AUGUCUGUUUAUCCCCUUGAACAGAACGCACCACCAGAGUCCUCAAAGCCACCAUGGAAGCCAAUGCCAUACUCACGCCCAAAACAUCGGGCACCAUACUCCCCAACAGAACAUGGGUAUGGCAAUGGUCCACCGCGCCGCAGUAUCACCCCAUACCAGAGGCACCGUCCGCCGACCGCGUUUAGCAUCGCCGGCUUGAUCAGACAUGUCCUGCAAUUGAACGGUGGAGAAAAUAAUGCCUAUGAUGACAAGAAGCCACUGUCCCGACAAUCCAAGCGGGUGAAGAGGUAG